AGCCUGUGCCUGUCUCAACUAUUUUACCGGUUGAAUUGAGGACUUCAUUCACUACAGCGUUGGAUAUUUUAGGCUGUGGCACCACCAGCCAAUCCAGGUGAUUUUAUCUACUGCCACAGGAUUACCAAAAGGCCUUGCCCUGAGGUUCAAUUGGAAUUGUGUUUGAAUUCAGGCUACCAUCAAAACAGCAAUGUCUGAAACCAAUAUUCAGGAAAAGUUCAAAGAAAAGAUCACUGCUGUUCGAACUGUGGUUCCAAACAGAAGUAACAAUGAAAUUGUCUUGGUGCUACAACACUUUGAUAACAACGUGAACAAGGCAGUGCAAGCUUUCAUGGACGGUAGCGCAGUGGAGGUUUUGAAAGAAUGGAACGUGCCAGGUAAAAAGAAGCACAAUAAAAAAAGAAAAAGGAAACCAAAACAGCCAAAUGGCCAGGUGAAAGAAGAGAAGAAGAGACCUGACGGACUGGGAGAGAAUGACGCUCUCCCCCUAUCCAAAGGUGGGCUGAACGGCUACCAUGCCAACGGCUCUGCAAACGAUGAUUCCUCAGUGGAUUCUCUCAGUGAGAGGAUGGAGACUGUUUCCAACGAUGAGAAGGCAGCAGUAAACCUGGAGUUACAUCAACUGCAAGCUCCAGAAAAAUCAGUUGGUUUCACUCCCAAAGAGGAAAAACUGCCUUUACAGCCAAUGCCUCAACCUCUUCAUGAUACUCAAAAAUGUCAAAUCAACAGAUCAACCACAAACAAGGCAAAACCAAGAGCUUUGUCUGGUUCCCAAUCCGCUGCUCUGCAGUCUCCAACAACAACAGGAGACCUGGUACCAAACAAGAAAAGAGGUACAAGCAUUGAAAAAUCAGUGAAAGACCUACAGCGGUGCACUGUCUCUUUGGCCAGGUACCAACUCCUGAUCAAAGAGGAAAUGGAUGCCUCUGUGAAGAAGAUCAAGGCUACCUUUGCAGAGUUGCAGGCCUGCAUCAUGGAUCGGGAGGUUGCAUUGAUGUCAGAAAUGGAUAAAGUCAAAAAGGAAGCCAUGGAGAUCCUGGAUGCAAGGCAGAGGAGAGCUGAGGAACUGAAGAGAUUGACAGAUAUGGCCAUUCAGAUGUCAGAAUCCCAGCUGGCUGAACUUAGAGCAGAGAUUAAGCAAUUUGUAAGUGAACGCAAAUAUGACGAAGACCUCGGGAGAUCAGCACGAUUCACUGGUAACAUCGACAGUCUGCAAGCCCAAAUCCAGCUGUUUGGAGAAGUUUCACACCCAAAGAAUAACUACUCUACAAGAUCACAGUGCAUCUCCUCACUGACUCCAAUACAUCUGAAUCCUCAAGGCAGUUCCAGUAAUGUUCCUUCACUGACAUCCUCACUUAGUGCAUUAUCAUCAGGUAGUCCUAAAGUAAUGAACCCCAGGGACAGUUCUAACAAUCAGAAGGUAUCUGCAGACAGACAGAAUUAUCAGCGUAACGGCCCAUCUGGUCAAAGACGAGGAUUCUUCUCCCGGGCACAAGGUCACAGGCUCAAUGAAAGUAGUUUUCCUGGGAGAUCAGAUGAUGGCAGGAACAGGAGCCGAAAGGGACGUCCUCAUGAUGGAAAUAAAGGCCAGCAUCAACAUAACAGGUCUAGACAUCAGGGCUUAUCAUGUGAUAUAGCCAAACCGCUACUAACAGAUUCUAAUUCCAAUGGUACUGCACUGCCGAGUGAAAUCAACUCCCAAUCAGCAACUCCUGAGUUAGCUACCACUAUGUCUGUAGUCCUCAAUGACAGAGUUUCUCAGUAUAGAUCAUGUCCUAUAAAGUCGGAAACAUCUGUUGAUACCAAAGUAUUGUCUAUACCGAAUAGAAUGACUGCAGUAGCUUAGUUUGAGUACCAUUUUUUGCAGUAUCACGUUCUUUCAUAACUUACCUUUAUGCAACUCCUGCCAGUUUAAGACUUGAAAAAAAUGAUUACUUAUGUUUUCUUGCCUCAUAUCAGAAAGCACAUGAAAAUGGACAUUUUUUUUGCCGAAGAUAGAAUUUAUUAAGCAGAGAGUUUUAAAUGUUUCCAAAAGUUGCAGUGUUAAUUUUGGGAGGGGAGGGAGAUGAGAGAAAGGCCUUCAAAGGGCUUGUAAACUAAUAAGUAUAAUGAUUAAAGUUUAAAUGGUUUAAUGUCAAGGCCAUCAAUGAAAAUUUUAUGAUGCUGUGCUAUCUUCUGAAAAUUACACCCUCAAACAACCAGUAAAGUUUGUCAAGCAGUUUUUAAUUUUUUUAACAAAUAGUGAUUUUAUUGACAUGAUCAAUCCUUAGCAAUGCUAACAGGCCAUUUUAAAAUCAGGACUACAAAUCACAAAGCUAGUUGGCAAAGCACUACAGCAAUGAAUGAUUUCCUGACAAAAAGUGUCAAGGUUAAGCAUUCCAGUUGAUUACAUUGUUUUAAAAAAUCCUCCUGAUUCAUAGCACCUUUAAGAUUUUUCCAGUUCACUUUAUCCUAGACAAACUUCCAGACACCAGAAGAGCAGCUCAUGCCAAUUGAUCCAAGUCACUAAUCCUGUAAAGGUGCUCGGAGGAGCAAAUAGAGUGUCUUUAUUAUACCUCCGAGCAUCACAAACCAGUGGUCCGCUAGGAACAUGGUGACUGCAAUAGAGCUAUUGAUAUGAGGCAUUCAUUUUCAGUGUUAGGGAAAAUUUUAAAUGUCCUAUCAGGAAAUACAAUUUUUUCUAAGAGGAAGAAGGCAAAACUGCAUUCCUUUGCCAGAGUGAAACAUAGCAUGAUAAAUAUUAUUAGAUUAUUUGAAUAUUCUGUCAGGAAAUGUUCCAUGGAAUCAUUGUAUAUGCAUAUGUAUCACAUGUAUAGAAAGCAUACACAGACUUUAUUUGAGCACAGAUGCGAUGUCAUGGGCAUUCUGCUUAUGCCAAACUAUUUUUUUAGCUCAUUAUUUGGCUCUGACACAGAAGCACAGUUCAAAACUGUGGCCCGCAAGUCAGGUAUUGUACUUUCUAUAAAUUACAUCCUAAUGUGACUUUUGGUGACAACAGAUGUCAAAGACACCAUUUUGGAUGUAGCACAGGGGAAGAAAAUGGCAACAUAACUUUGAAUGUUAAUGGACCAUCCUCUCCCCCUCAUAGUUCACUGUUAAAUCUCACCUUUUUAUUAAUAAUUUUACACAAGUGGUGGAAAAUCAGACAUGUUCUGUGAGUAUUUUUAAUCAUUGUUUAAAAUAAUUUUUUAUCUAAAAACAUUAGCUGUUUAUUCAAUUUUUAAGAUCAUUGUAAACAUUCUUUGUUGAACUUGGAAAUGUAGCAGUUAUUUUAAGAAUUUGCUACAGGUCCCAUAACUAGUGCAAUAUCAGCAAAUCAGCUUCUUGACUCUGAAAGUUAAACCAUCAUCUCCAAAAUGUGCAGAAAACUGGCAGAAACAAACUCAGGAACCAUUGAAAACAUUUAGAUCAUGGUGAUUUUCUUUUGGUUAAUGAUUCCCGUUUUAAGAAACUAAAACAUUUUCUCUCCCCAGUGUUUGAAUUUGUAAGCAUAAAUCUGUGGACAUAUUUUGAACUCUCCAUCAGCAGUAGAUAUUUGAGUACAAAAGCUGAAAUUGUUUUUGCAUUGAACCUUCAUUGAUAUAGAUGAUGCAAAUGUAAUUAUUUUCUCACUUAAGAAAAGUGCCUUGGAUACUAAGAUCUAUUAAGUUAUGUUCAAAAGAAAUGGACCAAAGGUACAUCAGGAGACCCUAAUUUGAACUAAAUAGCGAUUGAAACUUGGCAAGUAAUGGGGGUUGAAUUCAACUCAUUCUCAUGGCCUGUCUUUGUAGCUACAGCUAGUGAAUGCCAUAACAUAUGUUACAAUAAUGUGCAUUGCUGCUUUGUACUCGAGCCACUUUAUGUUUACCAAGUGUCCAUUUUAGCCUUAAGGUUCCUCGUGGGCAUGUCAUGGACUGCCACCCUUGAUGUUGAUUGCCCAACAUGUGUUGCUUUCAUUGGAAUGGAUUGAUUAUACUGGUUCUUAUGUUUAAUCUAGAAUCCAAGUAGACCAAUAGGGUACAAUGUUAGCUAACUUGUGUGUCUUAAAUAUGUUUGUUUUUGUUAGUGAAGUUGUACAACAAUUGGGGGUUUAGUGAUAAAGCUAAAGUCUUUCCCACUCUAAGAACUAAUUCAGUGUUGGACAUAGUUGAGCCCUCAUAGCUUUAUUUCCUUCUGUCAUGUAAAAUCAAUUUCAUCUAUUUGAUCACAAAAGAACUCAUUUUACCCCAGGAAAGCUGCUGAUAAUAUCCAAAAGUUUCAGAUUAACUAUAAGGUCUAGUCAGAGUGUAGUUUCUGAAGCUAAAAGUAAAAUUCUGUAAAUUCAAUGCAGCUUAAUCCACACCUGAGAAAAAUAAAAAGGAUGGUUAUCUAUUCCUUGUGCAUUCUCAGUUUUUAUGCACAAUUACAGUGUUUAAAAUUGUUUUCAUUUUAUCUGUUUUGCAAUCAGUUCAUUGCGUUUUUGUUGGUUUUAGAGUUGAAAACUAACAGGUGUGAAAAUACAUAAAUGAUCACUUAAUGGUCUAUUUAAGAAUAACAGUGAUUCUGAACUUGAACUGCACCACCUUUCAGUUUCAAAUGAAAAAAUAGACUGUGACUUUUCAUCAAUUUGACUUGAUUUGUCUAUUUUUAAAAUAUCAUUUCCAAAGGCUAUAACUAAGCAUGUACAAACUGCCAUCCAGGUCUGUGUAUAGGUUUGUACACCUGGGAAAAGUUUCACUCUUUCCCCCCCACCACAGUGCUGGUGAACAUGCUGAAAGUCAAUGGCCUUGGAAUUAAGAUGUGCAAUAUUGAGGCUUUUGAUCAGAUCCUCAGUUUGCUGUUUACUAGAGACAAUAGGCAAUUGUAAAUUAAAUAGGUUAAUGCCUCUAUUAGAACCAGAAGAAUGCCAUACAAACUCAUAUUCUACUACUGCACAAUGUGAGUUUUAGCCCAUGUCAUUAAAUGAAAGAGAGCAGAAACAUUUUGUGGCAUUGUAGAUUCUUUGACCUUCAGCUAUAAUGCACUUUGGGUUAACCUCUUUUUAUAUUGACUGUAAACUUGCUUAAAGCAUUGGAAGUUGUUAUCUUAUUAAUUUUGUUAACAACUAACUCCCUUUUAAGCUGGUACUUAGUAGUACCAUGGGGUGAUUGUACCCCAUUUAAGAAAUUCUAAAUUUUAAUAGUUGAUUCUCAAAACAAAUGAGUCUGCUGGUUUACUGAAGGCCAGAUUACAAUAACAGUUUCCACUACCAGAGAGAAGCCAUUGCUUGUUCUUAAUACUGUCCAUUCUGGGAAAGUUAAUAUCAUAGAACUUGCUCAGUCACUGCAGGAGAUGUACUCUUAACUUAAUCCAGAGACUUUUGUGAAGAAAAUAGGACAUUACUUUUUGAUAUGAUGCAGCUUCUGUGGAAAAUAUUAUAGCAUAACUCAACUGUGAAAGCCACAGUAACCUAACCAAAAUCAGUUGAAUUGAGGACAAGCAGUAGCAUCAGCUGUUGUAGAACAUGUAAGUGAGAGAAGCUGAAUUACAAAAUGCACCAGCACAUGGUAUAUGGACGAUGGAGAAUAUUGUAAGUGAACAUGGUAGCAUUAGUGAACACUACAGGGAUUAUCUAAAUAUUUUGAAUAAAAACAGAAAAUGUUGCAAAUACUCAGUAGGCCUGGCAUUGUUUGCAGAGAGAGAAGCAGCAUUAACAUUCCAGGUAGAUGACUCUUCAUUAAAACAGUUCUGUGAAAAAUCAUCAAUUAAAACACUAGCAAGGUUUUCCCAAGCCAUUAGAGGUGGAUGUAGGGAUAAGUGGCAAUGGGAAAGUCCUGGAAAUUUUUGUCAGGUUGGGAUAUCAACAUAAUCCUGCCUUCUUCCAGCUUUCUCCGGGGAAGGCGAGCAGGAGUCCCCUUCGAUCUGUCAGGUAACUAGGAAUACUUGAGGUUGUUCAGAAGCCAAUCCCAAGCUGUCUUAAUCUUGAAUCCUGGAUAUCCAGCCAUGGAACAUGUUUCCUGACCUGUCAGCAACUGGGCAGGGUCACUAAGGCAAGUGCACAGUGAGAAGAGCUUCUUAAGUGAAACUAACAAUCUGAGAAGCCUUUGAUCAGUUACACUGAAGAGCUGCAGCCAUAGUCACUGAGAGGCUGCUUUUCAAAGCACUUCUCUCAGAGUGCGAUCACUGCUUGACAAGUGACUACUAACUUCUUGGAAGGCACCUCACCUGUCCAGCACCUCACUCACCUUCAGUGCACUUCCCUGCUGCCAGCCUUCGGUCAGGCACAGGAGCAGCUUUUGCAGCUCCAACAUCCACUUCUGCUGAGGUUCAAGAACAGAGCUGCACCACCACCAGCAGCAGCAGGAGUAAUACCAGCUGCAGCACCAGGUGCCUUCUGCUCAGCCGCAUGCCUCGCCACAGAGCAGACGAGAUCCGGCUGGAAGGAAAUGAGAUCCCCCCAACACAGACUCUACAGGCAAAGGAUCAACUCUCCCCAUAUGUCUAAGCACCAAUGUCUCAGGAGACUCAGGCUCUCACAACAGCUGCUGACAUCUGUUGCUUCCUAGAAAAAGACCUCCGUCCCAGUGGAGCAGUUUGGCAUGCACUGGCAAUUGCUGACAAAGUGCCUUUCACAGGUAGGCAACCCCCUCCAAUCCUGAAUUUCAGCCUCUUACCAAGUUGUGUGCUGUCUUCAUCUGCAAGGAAGAAAGCAAACAGGUGCAAAUGCUCAUAGUGGCUUGAGGAGACAGCAGGCAUGAACACCAUUUGUGGUGGGUGUCGUGAGGCAGGGGUUUGAGAGGGCAAUAGGUUGAGGACGUGUGUGUGUGUCAGCUGCUUAGAUGGGUAAGUAAGGUGCCUGCAGGGAGAGGAAUGAGUGGAGUCGCAAGAUGCGUUGACCUGAGGAGUGCUGUGCAGGAGAGUGCUGGAUAAGUCAGAGUGUGGGGUUUGGCAUCUGAAAGUGUUAUGGCACUCACCGUCCCUGACCUCCUGAGAUCCUGGAUCCUCCUGGUGCACUGGCUCUGAAUUCUAGCAACCACACUUCUGAGUUGACUCCCUCAGCCACCCUUGCAUGGUUGUAGAAGUUCCUCCUCCCAUCCUUGGGAAAGAUCACCCCACUUUCAGUACCUCAGAACCCACAGCAGACCCUCCAACAAGAGCAGGGAGCAGCUUUCCCAGGUCGUCUCUCCAUUCCUGUCGUUACUGCAGCCUGAAAACCCAAGUGCUGGUGAGUUUUUCUUGCCCCUGCCAUGGUCUCUUUAAAUAGAAAUUCUUCCUUUGACAAAAGGACACAUCAUCCCACCCUCCUGCCAAAAUUGGUCAGGGUAACAAUUGGUUUGCUCUUGUAAAGAGCAACUGUGAGGCCGGCUGUGCAAAGAGUCGGGUUCCAGACCUAAAUGGGGUCUCACUGUUCUGGUAGAGGAAAAGGUGGUGAGAUUCUGCCCAUUAACUGUUUCUCGCUCCAGAUAUGAUGCCAGACCUGCUGAGAAUUCCAAGCAUUUUCUGUUUUUAUUUCAGAUUUCCAACACCCACAGUAUUUCACUCUGAUUGGACAUGUAUUUCCAGAUAGAAUUAACUCACACAUUGUCAGUAUUUCCCACAUGAUAAUUCUUGGGAUUUUCUGUCAAGGUGUCAUUCAUAACCUAUCCCAAAUGUCAAGAUAACUUAAAAAAGAACUUUGACAGUCCUACACAUGCUCUUUGUAAUCAUAAUAAAUGCCAAUUUAUUUUCAGGGGAGCCUUGUUCUUACUUUAAAACAAAGAAUAUUGCUAUAUUGUCAUUGAUGUUUAAUUGUUGCCUUUAUUUACAUGCAUCUGUCAAUUUGCAGCUAUACUUUGCUUCGUAAUCUUUGUGCCACACCAAUCACAGUAUUAGGCAGCAAUCACACCAUCACCUGAUUGGUUGAUAACUGAAAUCUCCCUGAGUGACUGCAGCAAGUACUGAAGAAAUUACAAGCCAUGGCAAUUGCACUGCUCAGCUUGAGUGUUUAUCCAGGCAAGGAUACAUUGGGUUGGAAUAAACCUUAUUUUUUGUUAUUCCCCAUUUUAGAGCAAGUGAAAUGAAAAAUAAGCUAUCAAUUAAAUCUAUUUGAGUAGUAGGCUAACUGUUCCUAUUUGAAAUUUUGGAGACUUUCAACCUGACGAUUGUGUUUCCAUGAUGUGUGUUUGCAGAUGAAAUCUUAUUGCCUGUAUUCUCGUGUGAAGAUACAAAUGUAGCUUUGCAUAAUAAUGGUGACAAAUGACUUAUUAUUUUUAUGAAUGUAAUUCAUAACAAUUAUGUUUCUCAUUUUAUCAAGAAGACAAUAAGAAGUGCCAAAGGGAAUACUGUAUCUUGUGAUAUUGCUAAUUCAACAAUUAGUCUCAGUCAUAAAUCCAGUAAAAGGAGAACUAUCCUUAGCAAGUUGAGAAAGGGCAGCACAGGCUAAUUUUUUUUUACUCAUUUGUAGUCAAUGGUCAGAAAGUCUACAGAAUAAUGAUUGGUCAUUGCCACUCCACAAUCUCUGAGAAUUGCAAAUUUAGCCUUGAUUAGGUCAACUGAUAUGAUCUAUCCAACUGUUGCACUUAAAACCAUGUGCAUCUGCCAACAUGAUUAAAUCUCAUUAUUUACUAAAAUGCUUUUAUAUAUCUUAUAAAUACUAAAUGAUCUUACAGCCCAUUAUGCUUCUAGCUUGGCUGCAACAUUUACAAUUCUGAGUUGAUUUGUGGAAUAAUCUUGCACCCCUAGCAAGGACUACAAAGAAACUGUCUUGAGGUCUGCCUGGAACCUGUCUUCAAAUUUGUUCACUGAUUAAUUUUAGUUCAAAAUCAGAAUUCAAUAAAUUUUCAUGUUUUAUUGACUCUGAA